GUCAGUGCACGCAGUCAGGCCUGAACGCACGGAGUCUCUCAACGUGAAGAACAAACAUGAGAGGACUUAUUGUUGGUAUUGUGAAGAUGAUCGUCGCUAUGAAGACGCGCACGAUGUCUCAGAUUCUUCUUAUUCUGACGCUGAUGAACAUUAUGUUGUCACACUGUGUCCCUGUGUGUGGCCCCAAUCAGUUUUUCGACGUGGACACUCACAUGUGUGACUUCUGUGAUAUGAUCUGUGACCACCCAGAACUACAAGAUACUCUGGUCAAGUGUCACACUUAUUGUCCAGCUUUCUUACCAACGAAGAAACCUGUGACAACGUUGACAACUGGAACACCGUCUCACGUCGUCGCUACAACUACGUCAGCACCUCCGCCAAGUGUUCACCUUCACGGCGCACACGUUGCCCUGAUAGCACUGGGAACCAGUAUAGUCGUUGUCGCUGCUCUAGGUGUACUGGGCAUCGCAUACGGAGACGAGCUGUGGAAGAUGGUGAAGAAACUCAUCCCUCGCAACAACGUCGACGACGAGGAGGCUGUGAAGUACCCUAUACAGGAGGUCGGCGCUAGGAACCACGACGCAACAAACGUAUUUCCUGUUCCCAAUGAUCCACUUAUUCCAACUGUUGCUGUGGCUGACUGAUUACGUUUGUCCUUGUCACAGAGGGACCGUUUGUGCUUCAAAUUCAUUCAUCUCAUAAACUAUUAUAAUACUGCGUCAUGGAUCAUCGAGGGGCUGUACCACUGCUUCAUGGGCUACGCGGGACAAUACAUGCAUGAUACAGCAAGUCUCUUCAGUAUCACUCGAAGACAGCGCCAUCUUUGAUAAGGUACAGAUACACUGAAGGCUGAACCUUUGACUGACUUCAUCAUUGUCAUUGUCGACAUCGGAAUAGGGUAUCACUCCUAUCCUUCACAACAGGUGCAACCUACGUAGAUCUCCAUGGCAGGAACCUGUCAGUCUACCAAAGCUACCAAAGAAACCGUUACAACUCUUUGUAAAACACCGACUCAAUGCUUCUGUACAUACGCCUUCAGACAUUCCUGAGAAUGAAAGGUUGAAUGAUUGUGUUUCAUGUAAUGCGGAAAUGUCAAUAGAUUAUUACACAGCAGAGGCGCAACCUUUCUCCGUCAUCGUCAAUGGCACUAUUGCCAUCAGAAUAGUGGAUCACUCCUACACUUCAAAACAGCUGCGAGCGAUGUAGACCUCCACGUCUGUGUCCUACCAGUCAAGGGGACCCAAGAAUGUUUGGAAACUAUAUAUUUAUAUGCGACCAAACCUGUGCAUCUGUACAUAUGACUUCAGACAUUCCUGAGAAUGAAAAGUUGAAUGUGUUUAAUGUAA